ACUUGAGAAAAAAAAAAGAAAAAGAAAAAAAAAAGUGCCGACUGUUCGAAUCAGCAGAGCUGCAAUGGCGCCACCACAGCUCAGUGCUUAGAAGACAAAAACCCUAAAACCCUCGAAACCCAUUGUUCACGAGAGCCCAUUACGUAAUGGGUUUACUCAACUCUCCUCCACUCGUCGCACACCGUCUUGCUCUGGCGGCGUUCACCCAACCUCCUCCUCGCCUCUCUUCUCUACUCUCCUCUUUUGUUUCUCCACACACAGGGGGAAGAAGACACACGACGGCGGCGACUUGUAGCGGUGAAUGUGCUACGCUGGAUUAUGAUGAUAAUGACGACGAUGGUAGAGCAAGAGAGAAAGAUGCUGCACUGCAUUUGGCUCUCUCACGGCUUUCUGGCGAUUUCGGGCACGAAUCCAUGUUGUCCCUGCCGCGGUUUUUUCGCUCGAGGCGCGCACCUGUUAUCUCCACUGGCUCCUUGAAGCUUGAUAUAGCUCUGGGGACUGGAGGAUUGCCAAAGGGAAGAAUUGUUGAGAUUUAUGGGCAGGAAGCAUCUGGCAAGACUACGCUCGCACUUCACAUCGUCAAGGAAGCCCAAAAGCUUGGAGGGUAUUGUGCAUAUCUGGAUGUAGAGAAUGCGUUGGACCCUUCACUUGCAGAAUCGAUGGGUGUAAACACAGAAAACCUUCUCAUUUCGCAUCCCAAUUCUGCUGAAAAUGUGCUGAAUGUGGUCGACACUCUGACUAAAAGUGGUUCCUUGGAUGUAAUUGUUGUGGAUAGUGUAGCUGCUCUGGUCCCCCAGUGUGAACUUGAUGUUGCAAUUGGUAGUGCAUACCCAGAUGCUCAGUCAAGAAUAAUGACCCAAGCACUACGAAAAAUUCAUUCUUCAUUAAGCCAUUCUCAAGCACUUGUUGUUUUUAUAAAUCAGGUUAGAUCAAGUCCAAACUCAGGGCAAGGUUUUGGACCUGUGGAUGAGGUCACCUGUGGUGGAAAUGCCUUGAGAUUCUAUGCAGCAGUUCGAUUGAGAAUAAAAAGAACCCAGUUGCUUAAGACUGAGGAUCAGAUUACAGGUCUUGGGAUUUCCGUGCAAGUGGUGAAAAAUAAAUUGGCACUUGCAAUGAAGAAGGCUGAUCUGGGGAUACAGUUUGGUAGAGGGUUAUGCUGUGAAUCUGAGGUCUUGCAAUUGGCUUGCGAACAUGGGGUCAUUGCGAAAGAUGGAAGCAACUACCACAUAGGAAGAAAGGUUUUUAGUAAUGUACAUUCAGCAGAACAGUAUUUGGCUAAAAAUGAUGAUAUUUUGAAUAAGAUAGUUAGGAUCUUGAGGCAAACUUUAUUUGAAAAAGAUAGUCAAUUUAGGUAGACUAGGAUUGAAUCAGCAUUACUGAAAGAUGAAUGAUUUAGUGCCCUAGCCACUUGCAUCCCAUGGCAUGUUGCUGUCUGAAGGAUCUUUGAGAUGACAUUUGCUAUGAGAUGUCUUCCACUUAAGGUGCAUUAAAAAAUUGGAGGAUAAAUGGGGUCCGGGGCAUUCUGAUAUGAAGUUUUCUCCAUUAUUCAUCAGUCAUCCAGUAGGGACAUUUGAGCUCUUCUCUGGUUUGUCUGGAAACUAAACCACCACACAGUUUUACCAAGAAAAUUU